AUGUCAGCAGAUAUAAUAACAGUUGUCAAGCGAGAAGCCGGAUUGCAUUUUGCUAAUGACCUUCAAUUUGAGAGCGAUAGCGAUGUUGAGAUGUCAGAAAGUGAGGAAUCAAAUGAGAAGAGAGAAGCUGGUGAAGGGUCCAUUGUGACACCAGGGGAAUUGGUUACUGACGAUCCGAUAUGGAUGAGAGGUCACGGAACGUAUUUUCUGGAAAAUCAAACUUUUGCUUCCGUCGCGGGUACCGUUUCCAGAGUUAAUAGACUAUUGUCAGUAGUACCACUGAGAGGCCGGUACUCGCCUGAAACCGGUGACCAUGUAAUUGGGAGAAUUGCGGAAAUCGGUAACCGCAGAUGGAGAGUCGAUAUCGGCGCUAAACAACAUGCCGUGUUGAUGUUGGGUUCGGUAAAUCUGCCUGGUGGUGUCCUGAGACGUAAGUCCGAGAGCGACGAAUUGCAAAUGCGGAAUUUUUUGAAGGAAGGGGAUCUUCUUAACGCAGAGGUUCAAUCUCUGUAUCAAGAUGGUAGCGCCUCGCUGCAUACCAGAUCUUUGAAAUACGGGAAACUCAGAAACGGUGUUUUUUUGCAAGUACCAAGCGCAUUGAUCGUAAGAUCGAAAAACCAUACCCACAAUCUCCCUGGGAAUGUCACGAUCAUAUUAGGUGUUAAUGGAUUCGUAUGGUUACGGAAAACAUCCGACGUAGAUCUCAGUAGUGGCCAAAAUACUGUAACAGGUAAAAACGCCGCGACAUUGUCAGGAGCAGGCCGCGAUUACAAACCGGGAAAUACUAGUGUUUCCAUCACACGUUUGGAAGAAGAGUCCUCGUGGGAAAUAUAUUCUGAUAAAAAUGACCAUAUAUCAAGUUCAUCCAGAAAAACAAUAACCAGGUAUUCAAAUGUGAUAAAAGCACUGGCUCAUUGCGAAAUUGGUAUCACAGAGACAAGGGUAGUGGCUGGUUACGAGGCCAGUAUGGCCUAUGAAAAUAUUAGCUCUUUGAUCGAAAAGGAUAAUAUGGAGGCACUCGGCCAAGACGUUUUGAAUAGUGAGAAAAUGAGAGGCAAUAACCAGCCUGCUGCAUUCGAAACGCGGGCGUAA